GAAAGUGUUUUCAAUCAACACUAUUUCUCUCUCUCUACUUUCUCUCUCCAGAGUCCAGAGUAGUAUUGUCCUCCGAAAAACUUACAAGGGAUGGGAGAAACGAUUCAAAAAAUACAGAAACUCAGGUUAGAAUGUGAAACAGAGAUUCCGAUUCAACUACAGCGAGCUACUUCUGCACUAACUUCAUUCCGAAAUUCAUUAGAUUUCAUUAAGCUCAAAUCCGAAAAAACGUCUCAAAAUCAAGAGAAACUGGGACAGCUCAAAACGCGCUCGAGAGAAUUGGAAGAUGAGUUGGUUAAAGCUCUAGCAGUGAAAACUGACAAAGAGGCAAAGCGUAUGGACUUGAAUGAUUCAGUAGUUGCUGCAAAAGCCAGGAUAGAAGAACUAAAAAGAAUUGUGCAAAUCAAAACAGCAAAGGAAGAAGAGUAUGGAGCAAUCAUUUCAAGACAGUUAAUGGCUAUAGAAGCACAGGAAGAAAAGGUUAAGAAGAACACAGAUCACAAAGAGAGCACGGAAGAUGCCAUUUCAUGGUACAAUAAGGUUCUUGGCUUUCGAAUUGAAGGAGGACGUGGAGUCAAAUUCAUAUUUAAUAACAUUAACACAGAACAUCCACAUGAAGAAUAUUCAUUCGUUGUUCGGCAUGAGGACAAUACCUAUACUUUGCUAGAUUGCCAUCCAUUCGUGGAAGACACCAAAGAAUUGGUGCAAGAGUUGAAUAGAACUAAUGGUCUGUUCAAGUUCGUCAGAAUCAUGAGAGAAAAGUUUCAAGCGGCUGUAUCGAUCGGAUAUCCUGAUCAGGCUACUUCUGUGCAUCCUGAGUCGGCCACAGUUUCUAUAUCUGCACCCACCUCAUCAGUUUCAGCAAAUGGGAGUGAAUCCAGAAACGAGCAAAAUCAACAACCAGGAGCUCUCGAGAUACACAACAAGAAGGUUAAACGUGUUGGUGUGGAGAAAUCACAAACUCUAUCUCCUGCAUCUGCAUCAUCUCAUCGCCGGUCUCCUCGUUUACUUGCUAGCAAUAGAGCAAAGACUAAUUGAUCAUCCUGAGGUUGUGUUUUGCAUUAACUCAUGAUACCCGUGAACUUCCUUGUUGAAGAUUUCAGUGUUUUGUGGCAGUUAAGGGUUGGCAAAUGAAGGCAUGAAACAAUCAGUUGUCUGUCCAUCCCCAAAGAGACCAGAAUCUUUCAUGCAGAUGAGUUUGGUCAGCUACAUGUUAGGCAGAGUACUGGAUUUGGAUUUUAAAAUAUCAGUAGAUAGGUAAAAGGAUGCGCAUUUUUCUUGCAAGAAAGCAAGAGUAAGGUAUUCUUAAAAUUAGACGGAAGCUAAUCAAAAUUAGUGGAGCACCUUGAUAUGGGGACUGCAACUUGUUGAAAGACUUGUUGUGUGUACUUUCUUGCAUUCUAAUAAGGAUAUCCAUGUAUUGUAGCAGUGAAUGAAUUCAGAGA